UAAAGGUGGGACUGAACAUGUGACAUUUCAAACCAUUAUAUAACAGGCUUAUUGUAGCUACAUGUUUCAGUGCAUAGAGGAAUAUCCUGACUUAACUGCAAAGAAAAAUCAGAUCAUGGAGGUCACAUCUCAACCUGCUGCAUUUGAACCCCAAGAUUUUCAAACAAGCUUAUAUGCCUGCUGUGACGACAUGGCCAUAUGCUGUUGUGGCCUCUUCUGCCUCCCUUGUUUGGGCUGUUCCAUUGCUAUCGACAUGAAAGAGUGCUGCUUAUGCGGUUUAGGCAUGCCAAUCCGAAGUGUUUACCGCACUAAAUACAACAUACAAGGUUCCCUGUUUAAAGACUGGUUAGUCUCGUACUGCUGCUUUACUUGUUCAGCCUGUCAGCUGAAGAGAGACCUCACCAUAAGGAUUCAUAAUGGAACACUGAAACCAUGAGAAAUGAAAGAGUUUCAGAGCACUGCUCUCUAGAUGACUGUCUACACUACCAGCGAGUCCUUGUGUAUUGCUCUUGGAAACUAAAGAUAAAGGAAAAUUAAAAGAGUUAAUUAUUUAUAAUGAAAAUGUCUUAAAAAUAAAAGUUCCAAAAAGGCGUUUUUUACAGCAAUGCAGUAUAUGAUACAGUUUUGGUUCCCCAAAGAAGCUUUCCGUGAACAGUUUUAACCCCUUAGCAUUCAAAAAGAGACCUUAGAAAUGCUAAUGGGUUAAAAGAACAAAUUUUUUCUUUGUGUGAAGAACAUUUUAAUAACGUAAAGAACCUUUUUGACUUCAUAUUUAGUAUGCUAAUAUGUACUAUGGCUUGUUUAACAGCUUGUUGUAAUUCAGUGAUGUAAUAAAAAUGAUGUAUGAAUUUGAGUAAAUUGAAUCAUGUCAUGAAACCACAUAAAAUUACUUUGAAACUACUUAACUUGAUGAUGUUGAAUUUACUUGAACAAAUUAUGUUUGUGAAUAUAACUGAUUCAUGUGGAACUGAUGUAUAUGAUUAA